UAUUUGAACGUUUCUACCUGUCAAAAAGCAACCAGAGACAACGACAAGCCAUCCGUCAUUUCGCUUGUCUAGUCUCUUUCCGGUUUCAACAUGCCGCCCAAAAAGGACACAAAGGCUUCGGCCAAGCAGCCACAGAAGACCCAGAAGAAGAAGGAAGGAUCCGGUGGUGGCAAAGCCAAGAAGAAGAAGUGGUCCAAAGGAAAAGUCCGUGACAAGUUAAACAACCAGGUGUUGUUUGACAAACCAACAUACGAGAAGCUGUACAAAGAAGUGCCCCAGUACAAGCUGAUCACCCCCGCAGUGGUCUCUGAAAGGCUAAAGGUCCGAGGAUCACUGGCGAGGCGAGCCCUCAUCGAACUUAGGGAAAAGGGGCUCAUCAAGCAGGUAGUCCAACACCACGGACAGGUGAUCUACACGCGAGCCACCAAGGGCGAUGACCCUGUCGCGUAAGGUUAUGGAUAAGUCUAAAAAAUAAAAGAAAAUCCAAA